GAGCGGCGGGAGGGUAUGGCGCGAUGAUGUCAUCUCGCUGCGCGGCGGAGAGAAGCGGCGAAGAGAUGGGGGCGCGGCGCGCGUUGCACUUCGUGUUCAAAGUCGGCGACCGAGCGCGGACUGCGCGCUUCUACCGGGAGCUGCUCGGCAUGAGCGUUCUGAGGCACGAGGAGUUUGAGGAAGGCUGUAAGGCCAGCUGCAACGGCCCUUAUGAUGGAAAAUGGAGCAAAACAAUGGUGGGCUAUGGGCCAGAAGACAACCACUUUGUUGCAGAGCUGACUUACAACUAUGGUAUUGGAGAGUAUCGCCUUGGCAAUGACUUUCUGGGCAUAACUUUGGUGUCCAGCCAGGCUGUGAGCAAUGCUAAGAAGAUGGGGUGGCCCCUCAAAGAAGUCACAGCUGGUGUGUUUGAAACUGAAGCCCCAGGUGGAUACAAGUUCUACUUGGAAGACAAGGAACAGAAAAAGAAAGAUCCUGUGCUAAAGGUGACCCUGGGUGUCUCUGAUCUGCACAAGUCUGUUAAUUACUGGUCUCAUUUGCUUGGGAUGAAAAUAUAUGAGAAGGAUGAAGAAAAACAGAGGGCUUUGCUGGGCUAUGCAGAUAACCAGUGUAAGCUGGAGCUGAAGGCUGUUGGAGGAGCGGUGGAUCAUGGAACAGCAUUUGGAAGGAUUGCCUUUUCCUGUGCCAAGGAAGAGUUGCCAAACAUUGAAGCACUGAUGAAAAAGGAGAACCAGACAAUUUUGACGCCUCUGGUUAGCUUGGACACACCUGGCAAAGCUACAGUGCAGGUGGUCAUUUUGGCUGAUCCUGAUGGCCAUGAAAUCUGUUUUGUGGGAGAUGAAGCAUUUCGAGAUCUGUCCAAGGUGGAUCCCAAUGGUGGCAAGCUGUUAGAUGACGCCAUGGCAGCUGACAAGAGUGACACGUGGUUUGCUGCCCGAAAUAUGAAGAAGGUGUCUGCAUAGCUGGAGGAGAGCUGGGCUGGCUGCUCGUCGUGCCUCGGUUUUCAUCUGAGCAAAACUUGCUGUGCUGUCCGUCCCGUGGGAGGGCACAGUCACGUCCCGUGCUGCUGGUCCCUUUUCGCCUUGUAUCUCUUUCAUUUCAAGCUCCUCUUUACUUUCAAUCAUCGUGUGCUCCUUCGUAUGUGAGUGUAAGUGAGGAGGAUGUUGAGCUCGUGGCUUCCAGCACGGGAGCUGCAGGCUGACACCUCGUCUAUCUCGAGCGUGGUUGCACUUGAAGGAGAAGCUGCCAGAUUGAUUCGAAUACCCAGAUUAAUUAAUUAACUAAUGUAAUUAAUGAGCUGUAGCCCUCCUGACUGCAGUGCAGGGCUGAGGUGUUGGGGUGGCAGCAGCUGCAGCGCCCGGUGGUGUUGGGCGGGCUGCUCGUUUUCGAUCCCUCUUGAUGAAAAGCCUGCAGUGAGUAUUCCGAACGGGAACAGAUCUCGAUGCGGCGGUGUUGCUUUGGCGUUGACGCAGUCAAUGAGUCGGGGUUGGAUCGGUGCCGUUGCUGGAAAUUUGCCUUUACGUGAAUAAAAGCACCGCGGUCUGCGUGCGCCGCGUCCUUCCAA